UCCUUUGGGUCCAUUUUUCCACGCAUGUCAGCUGUGGAAGUUAAGUUUUAACAAAAACCAAAAAAUGGUGGUUGGAAUUAAUCAAAAGUAGCCCGUUAACCGCAGAACGUUAAAAAGAAAUUAAAUAAUACCGGUUGUUAAUUCAAAAGUACGCUCAUAUUAUGCGUAGUGGCACCGUAAACGGUUAUUGUGACUUGUUGAACAAUUUGCACUUCCAUGGGCGGGUUCUGAACCAGUUGAUAGUGAAUGAUGUCAAUAGUCACUUGUUUAUUUCGGUAUUAUUUUGUUAUGUGUCGCACGCUGGAUGUAAAAUCAUCGUCACGUCACUGAGAAACUGACUAAUUUACUCCAAUUAAAAUUUGUCGGUAAUAAUUGAAAUGCCUCUGGCAGAGUUGUUAACUCUUCAGCAAAAGAAGCAACAUGUGACCCAAAUCUAAAGUUUUGGUGUUUUGCAAAUUAACUCUCCACGUUGCUUGAGUGGUGUCAUUUUGCAAGGAGAGUAAUAAUAGAACUUAAGAUGGAAUUAUUGUGACUCAAGUUUGGGUGAUAUGUUUUUUCACUAAAAAAAAGGUUCUUCCAGUAAAGGUUACAAACAAUGAAGCUUUAAAAAUGUGUAAUUUUUAUAUUAAACCCAACAAAUGUAGAUAUAAGCCAUUGUUCACAUCUAAACUUAGAAUUGUGUAGUUCAUAACAAUAAGGAUCAUGAUGCCACCUUCAGAAAAUAAUCGUUAUAUUAUCCAAGUAUAUGUGGGCUCACUAAGUAAUCUUUAUGAAGCCCUUUCAGUUGAAGCCAGUAAACAAACCACUGCCGAGGAAAUAAUAUCAUGUAUUGUAGAAAGGUUGUCACUUAGCGAAAAUGGUUCUUAUGAACUUGCGGAGGUGAUUGGAACUGAUUUUGAUAGAGAAUGCAAGGAAAGAAGCCUUGCCAGUAAUGAAAGUCCUGUUCAAUUAAUGAUGUUAUGGCCCAAAACGAGACCCGAUAACGCUUCUUAUCGGUUCUAUUUGCGCGAGCGCGAUGUCGACUAUGCAUGGCGCCAUCAAUUUGUCAUGGACCCACAGCUUAUUAAAGAUUAUUUUAACAGAUUUCUAUGCCAGCCCAAGGAUCGUGAGUAUCCUGAUCUCUGCCAACUUCCAGAUUUAAAUGAACAAACUCUCUUAGAAAAUCUAAGGGCGCGCUUUAUCGCCGGUCACAUCUACACUUAUGUUCGUUCAAUACUCAUAGCUCUCAAUCCAUUUAGAUUUUAUCCAAUUUAUAACCCAAAAUAUGUUAAGUUAUAUCAAAAUCGUCGUUUGGGACCCAAUUUGCCACCACACAUUUUUGCUGUUGCUGAUUCAGCAUAUCAUUGUAUGCUUAAGGAUCGAAAAAAUCAGUGUAUAGUGAUCAGUGGGGAAAGUGGGUCAGGGAAAACGGAAAGCACGAACUUUUUAUUACAUCACUUGACAGCUCUAAGCCAAAAAGGUUCCCAUGGCAGCGGAGUGGAGCAAACAAUUUUAAGUGCUGGUCCAGUGUUGGAGGCUUUUGGAAACGCGAAAACGGCCCAUAAUAAUAACUCCAGCCGUUUUGGGAAAUUCAUACAAGUAAAUUACAAAGAAAAUGGUAUGGUCCAUGGCGCGGUGGUGCAAAAGUAUCUGCUGGAAAAGUCCAGAAUAUGUUGCCAAGGAAGAUAUGAACGCAACUACCAUGUAUUUUACUAUCUACUUGAAGGGGCUAAUGAACAAGAACGCCAACAGCUUCACCUUUUGAAACCAGAAAAAUACUGUUACCUGAAUAGGUCUUGUACCUCUUUAGACAAUGUUGAUGAGAGUUACGAGUUUUCCCGAUUAAAGCAAUCGAUGGAGAUGGUUGGGUUUACUCAUGAAAAACAAAGACGACUGUUUUCUGUAUUGUCGGCGGUGCUGCUCCUAGGCAAUGUUGAAUUCCAACCAAAAAAAUCCGCGUAUCAUCACGACGAGGCUGUUUCGGUUAAAAAUCCCGAAGUGGUAUCUUUGAUUUCUGAACUGUUGAGAGUCAAACAGGAAACGCUUAUGCAAGCUCUAACUGCAAAACGAGCUAGAGCGUCAGGCGAAACGUUGGUGAUUAAUUAUAAACUUCCGGAAGCUGUAGCUAGUAGGGAUGCUAUGGCGAAGUGCCUCUAUGGCGCGUUAUUCGACUGGAUAGUGCUGCAAGUAAAUCACGCUCUACUUUCCAAAAAGGACACAUUUAGGGAGCACCAGGGCAACUCCAUUGGCGUACUGGACAUAUUUGGUUUUGAAGAUUUCGGACUGAACAAUAGUUUUGAACAGCUGUGUAUUAAUUACGCCAAUGAGCAUUUGCAGUACUAUUUUAACCAACACGUUUUCAAAUAUGAACAGGAAGAAUACAGAAAGGAAGGUAUUAGGUGGACCAAUAUAGACUUUAUGGACAACACAGGAUGUUUGCAAUUAAUUGAAGGAAAACCAAAUGGACUUCUUUGUUUAUUGGAUGAUCAAUGCAAUUUUCCAGGGGCGACAAAUGAAACCUUACUUCAGAAAUUUAAUAUGGUACAUAAAGAUAACAAAUUUUACAAAAAACCGCAGAAAAGGGAAGCUGCCUUUAUAGUUGAACAUUAUGCAGGCAAAGUUAAAUAUCAAGUAACGGACAUGAGAGAAAAGAAUUUGGAUUUGAUGCGUCAGGAUAUUGUUGGUGUAUUAAAAAACAGUUCAAUGGCGUUCGUAAGGGAACUGGUCGGUGUGGACCCAGUUGCAGUUUUUCGAUGGGCAAUUGUGAGGGCUUUCUUCAGAGCGCAGUUUGCAUUUAGGGAGGCCGGAAAGAGACACAGACAGGGUAGAGUGGAUGGCAAUAGAAACAAUAUCCAGCAACGCUACAGGGGGUACCACACACCCAACGAUAAUAUCAUAAGCAAACAGCGAAACUCCACAUCUGGUUCUUAUCGUUCGUCGGACGAACCGUCUAAUCGACUUUCUUGGCCUCAAUUUUACCAACGUAAUCGAACGUCGAGUGGCUCUGCCAUUGGGAAAAUAGCGGCAGAUGAGAGAAGACGACACGAAACACAUACUAACUCAGGAACCGCAGCGUUAGAAAAAGUUUUAUGUCCUGACGAGGCUAGGGCCAUUCAAAGAGCGAACCAGAUUGUGAUGAAGAACAAGUCGUUUCGGCCGAGGGAACGUAGCAAAAAAGGUCUGAAAAAUUUGCAGUCAGUGAAAACUCUUGCCGGAAGGACUGGUCUAACUAAUCAGGCUCAAAUCGGCAAAGCGAGAAAGCAGCCCUUGACCGUGGCCGCGCAGUUUCAACAGUCUUUACAUUCUUUGAUGGACACAUUAAAUCAGGCGAAUCCGUUUUUUAUCAGAUGUAUUAAAUCAAAUGCCAAUAAAAUACCAAACACGUUUGACGCCGAAACAGUUCAAAGACAGUUGAGGUAUACUGGCAUGUUGGAAACUGUACGCAUCAGACAAGCUGGUUUUAAUGUGAGAUUGACUUAUGAUGAAUUCAUUCAACUCUACAGAAUUCUGCUUCCAAAACGUUUAUUGAGUUCUCAAAGCGAUGUCAGGGAUUUUCUGGCCACUUUGAAUCUAAAUAGAGACAAUUAUCAAUUAGGAAGUACUAAAGUUUUUAUGAGAGAAUCGGAAAAGCAUAAGCUCGAUUGUAAGUUACACCAACAAAUUAUGUCGGCAAUAGUAACAUUACAAAGGUGGUUUCGAGCGUGCCUGGAACGAAGGCGAUAUCAAAGAAUGCGGAUGGCGGCUGUAAUUAUCCAAUCAUACUGUCGUAUGUUUCUGAUACAGAAACAGUUUAGAAGGCUUAUGGCGGCUAUAAAAAUUCAGAAACUCUGGAGAGGUUACAGGAUUCGUAGUCGCCUGCACAAAUUAAGAAUGGGAAUUAUUAAAUUCCAAGCCCAUUGCAGGGGGUUUAAAGUUAGGCAGAUCAUUGCCGAACAUAAAGCUCGGGGAUAUGUUUCUCAUAGAAAGGUACAGAGCGCCAGGGCUUUACCUAUUCACAUACAGGUGAAGCAACUUAGUUCUGAUGAGGCUUUUGUAAGCAAGGAAUCCAGCCAAGAGGAAUUAAGAAUCGAAAGUGCUGAAAAGAAAUUUUUGGACUCUGAUGAGAGCAGUGGUAUUCAAGACGAUUUAGACAAUGCCAACCACAACAAAGCAGUUUUAAGGACCACUUUGUCUUUGCCAAUGGUGUCACCUACUCAUCCAUUUAAUUAUCAGUCCUACAUGAAUAAUCCAGGGAAUAGCAAUAGGUUGGAAUCGGAAAAGUCGGUAGAAUCUUUGCGAAAAAGAAUUACCAAACAUCAGCAAACUAUUGACUAUUCCGACCUUGAUUACAUACCACAGAGAAAAGACAGCGGCGAAUCUCUCGAGUCUCAACAUAGCUAUGAAUCCCAACAAAGUGUUGAUUCGUCCCACUUUAGUCAACCGAUUCCAGAAUCGAUUCCAUCAGAGGGGGCCCAUCUUGGAAAGCAAUGGUCUUCUACUAGCACCACUAGCGACCCAUUUUCAGAAAGUGUACCUGUACAAUCGGCUCCGUCGAAUAUUACGGAACAGUUUGACGAAUUCAAUGUUAAACCUCAAUUGACCCGAACGUCUGCCGUUAACUGGGCGGCGCCGGCGGUUCGAAGGGAGAAACUUAGGAACUUCCCUAUUAGAAGACCACACAGGUAUUCAGACGAUAGACCGGACGUAUAUCCAUACGACUCGGCGCCAAACAAGUUAGAAGAGAUAUUGGGUAGGCCGGAAGCUCCAGUUAGGAGCACGCGCAAAUCAAAACGUGGCCACGUAAAGAGUUUGGGUGAAGAAGUGACGGAUUCGGGGAGUUUAGAUAAAAACUCCAUUCUGGGAACGAUCAGCGAAAACAAGGCGCAUUCGGAGUUGAGCAGGAUUCCGGCGCCUCAUCAGGAAAACGUGAAUAAAGCGACGUCAACCCCCAAAAGACAAAGACAGAAUCUGUCUCAAAUCGAUUUAAGGCGCAGAAAUAGCGAUCCCGCAACCAAGGUUUUAAUCAACGAACAUCCUAGCGGUUUGGAUAUUAGUCCCGUGAUGAAGUCAAUGGACAAAUGGAGCGAUAUCAAUACACUCUCCCUGGCGGGCCACACGUUUAGGAAAAUUUCGCGUAUAUCUAAAGAUGACACGUGCUCUUUUUGCAAGCAAAAACUGGACAUGUUCAUAACGCAAGGCUACAAAUGCACCAUAUGUAAAAAAUUGUUCCACACAAAGUGUAUUCAAAAUAAAGGCGUGUUUGAAAUGCCCUGCGAAAGCCACCGUUCCGCCACGGAUAGGCGGAAACACAGGAAACAUUCACGCACGGCGUACGAUAUGCACAAAUCGGAAGAAAACAAGUUUAGCCUUACUGGCACAUCGGAGUUUACAGAUAGGACGGACCAAAUAAUUACCGGAGCGGAGGAGCUUACUCUCAUGCAGGAGUUCAUAACCGAAAAGAUUAUGAAGAUAGAAGACGACGGCGGAAAAUCGAGCGAAGUGGACAAAGUUUUCAAACAGGCAUUAAGGGAGUUUAAAGAUAAUUUGGUGCAGAUGUACAGCGCGGUCGCCAAGCAUCACGGAAUAGAAGCGUGCAAUAUACGUUACAAGGAUUUAAUCAGCGUGUUUAAUCAGUCGAUGGAAACCGUUUGCCAGAGGGAACUGAGGCAAGGGGAAACCAAAGAUUUCCCAAUAACCUUGGGCGUAAACGCUUUCCGAGGUUUUAUGAACGAAUUUAUGUCGACGAAAGCAGAGGAGAAACCGAGCAAGGCGAAGCGCAAAAAAGAAAAGAAGCGCAAAGUGGAAACGUACAAGUUUAACGGGCAUACAUUCUUGCAGACAAUCAUUAAUAUUCAGACCGCGUGCGAAAUUUGCAAUUCGUUUUUCAUGUGGCCGAUCGAACGGGGAUUGGUUUGCCAAAGUUGCAAGCUCACAUGUCACAAAAAGUGUUACACCAACUCUAGUCAUUGCCAAAAGGAGCCCGGCAUCCCGGGCGACAGUAAAAGAGUAUUCGGUGUGGCCUUAGUGACCCUCGUUACGGAAGAACACAAAAUACCUUUUGUCGUAGAGAGACUCAUGUAUACCAUAGAACUUCGCGGUUUGUACAUAGAAGGUAUUUAUAGGAAAUCGGGAGUUAGCUCCAAGAUAAAAGAGUUAAAGACUGAGAUGGAUGAAAAUCCUGAAAACUGUGACUUUGAGAAAUAUCAGGUACACGUCUUAGCGUCUGUAUUGAAAAGUUUUCUCAGGGAAAUGCCCGAACCGCUUUUAACAUUUGAAUAUUAUGAUAAUUUUAUUACCGCAGCGAACCUUGAUAACGAGACUGACAGAAUAACGACUUUGUACGAUAUACUAAAGAAAUUACCCUCCCCAAACUAUGAUCUGAUGGAGAGGCUUAUCUUUCAUUUGGCCAGAGUGGCUCUUCACGAAGAAACCAAUCGAAUGAGCUCAUCUUCCCUUGCUAUUGUUUUCGCGCCGUGUGUGCUCAGGACCAAUAAGCGAAUGGCAGCCCAAGAGAGUCUGCAUGAUAUUAGUAGUCAAACGCAGUGCAUCGAGACCAUUGUUAGGGUGCAGUUAAGAAAGCUCCGCCUCACGUUAGAUGACAUAGACACAUUGGACACGGCUUGUCAAGCUGCUACGAAUCGUUUGUCGUCUUUACGAAGUUCUAAAGUAUUUAGUCCAGACGAAUUGCUGCCUGCCAAUCAACCAUCUCAGCAGCAAGCAGAAGACGAAGAACAUCUUUUAGUGGAUCACAUUCAAGAAAUUCAAAAGGAGAAGGAGCAUCUGACAUCCACUUUGCCCACAUUAACUCACGCUACAUCUGACGACGAUAUGCUCUCAACAGAUGGCGACGGUAGUCUGGACGAUUUGUCUUGUAUAGGCGAGCGAAACAGACCGCGACCUAUUAUUAGGUCCAUAUCUUCCGGAGAAUCCAGAUCUAACCUGCCGAGACUGAAAAGACAAUCUUCGUCUGAUACGAGCGCGAAAGUGUUAGAAGAUUGUGAUGAUCCCAUUAUGGUGUAGAUAGUGUAUGUAAACGUUUGAACAUUUACACGGUUUUGUAUUUUUAAAAUUGUCGUGACAUAUAAACUCUGAGAAUAUUGAGAGCUACAUAUACCAAAAGAAAAUCCAUGACAGUUGUUGUGUAAAUUUUUAAAGCAAACAUAAAAAUGUAUGUACAGAAUAAUGUAUUGAUUUUUCUAAAAAAAUGUAUUUUUAUGUUGUUUUUGUUUUUAAUUAUUAAAUAUUUUAAUUAUGACAAAUUGACUGAUAAAUUAUUCAUUACUCAAUUUGAUGUAGAGUUAACCUUAUGGUUGUGUUUGUCUCGAUUUCAGAGAGACAUUGAUAUAUUUUGAAACCAUGAAUGGUCGCGAAGUGUACAUACAUUUGCAUUAUUCACUGUGAUUUAACGUCUAUUAUUUGUUAUCUAUUAAUACUGGGCGGGGUAGAAAGUGACGUAAGUAAUGAAGGUUCUAGUUAAAAGCCGAAUUAAAAAAUUAUUUUGUAUAAUGCACAGAGAGUAUUUUUUGACUCAAAGGCAAAAAAGGAGGCAUGGUCCAGGUGUAGUGGUAGUAACUACAACAAAUUAGCAAAUUACUAAGUUGAUCUUGAAAAUGUAAGAAUAUAAACUUAAUUUGAUUUUUUUUUAUUUUUCUUUUACAUUGAUGCAGUACUGAAAUAUUUGAUUUGUAUUUGUUACACCAUUGUAAUGGUAAAUUCCAAGGUAUUAACUAAGGCUGCAUGAUUCCUUAAUUGGCUGUGGUAAAUCGUUUAUAAACUUCACUUUCACUUCAUCUCAAAUUUGUCCUAAACUGGGAGAUUAGCUAACGGCUCAAGAGAACAAAAAUGUGUUUUAGUUAAAAUUCGGCUUUUAAGUUGGGCAGAAAUGAGUUGCGCUGACUUAGGCCAGCCUUGUGUAAGAAAAAAAUUUAGUUCAACUCUAAUUUUCAUUUCAGAUUGAUCUGUCAUUUAGGGCUGUGACUUGUAUAAUCUUGAUUAAUUCUAUUUAAUUUUUGACAAAAAGUAACGGUGGUAAAUAUGUCAAAAAUGUAUUGCAAGAUUACAUUCUGUAAAUAAGGUAUUAAGAAUAUGAAUAUGUUUCUGUUUUGGUUCCAACCUGUUAAAUAAAAUGUAUUAAUCAAAAUUCACAUUAGCAGGAGUAUGCAAUCAAAGAAUAUUUUUUAUUUAGUUUUCAAGUUUACCCCAGGUUAUAUGAGGGAAAAAUCUCAAUAACUCCCGUUUGGCUUAGUGAGUAUCAACGACCGGAACUUGGGUAGGUCUAUAGUUCAGUAAAAUUGUUUUUCUGUUUAACUAAACUUCUCGAGACUCCAACGUUAUUUUUUCCUUGUCAAUUCUAAUUUUACUGUUUGCUCCAUGGUUCGGUGGUCCAUGAUUAUCUUGUGACAUGUUUAUUUUUGUCCUGCGUCGGAUAUAGUUGUAAAGACUUAUUUUCUUGCUAACAAAUCAUUAGCCACAAGAAAUAAAUUUGACGUUUUUAUUAGAGGCGCAACAGAAAAUGUUAAAUUAUUAAAUUUUCCAUAUGCGUAAGUGUAUCUCAUAUCUUCUUCUCAAUAAUGAACUCAUUCCAUUAUUUCUAUUCUAAUAAUUAAAACAAUACUAGAUAAAAUUGAAACAAAAACAAACUUUCUCCCCAAGUAAAUAUGUAAGAAAAGGUAUUGAAAAUAUUUUUAACUAUUGUAGUAUUUUCUAGUAUAUUUACUCAAUCUAUGUACAUAAUAAUAUUUCUUGUUCUUGUAUAAAUACUGUUACAGGGGACAUCACCCCUACUUAUGCCCAAAAAUAUUUGUAAAUAAAAAUGUUUAAU